GAAGGUUGCCGGGAGACUGCGCCUGCGUCAUGAGGCGCCCGAGCUCCGCCUCUUCUGAGCACCUGAAGGCCUCAGGGCGGAGGAGGGCGGGGACGCCAAGCAGCCCUCAGCAUCCGUCCGGAGGCCGUGCCGCUCUGCCGCUGCUAGUGGAGUUGCCCGGUUUCCCGUCCUCACGAAUAAAGAUAAAAGAAUCCGAAAAAGUUAAAGAAGAUAUAUAUUCAGUCUCCAAACCAGAAAGUCAACUAAGUGGAAAUGCACAAUUUUGAGGAUGAGUUAACAUGUCCCAUUUGUUACAGUAUUUUUGAAGAUCCUCGUGUACUACCAUGCUCUCAUACAUUUUGUAGAAAUUGUUUGGAAAAUGUGCUACAGGCAUCUGGUAACUUUUAUAUAUGGAGACCUUUACGCAUUCCACUCAAGUGCCCUAACUGCAGAAGUAUUAUUGAAAUCGCUCCAAGUGGUAUUGACUCUUUACCUGUUAAUUUUGCAUUAAGGGCUAUUAUUGAAAAGUACCAGCAAGAAGACCAUCCAGAUAUCAUCACCUGCCCUGAGCAUUACAGGCAGCCCUUAAAUGUUUACUGUCUCCUGGAUAAAAAAUUAGUUUGUGGUCAUUGCCUUACCAUAGGUCAGCAUCACGGUCAUCCUAUAGACGACCUUCAGAGUGCCUAUAUGAAAGAAAAGGACACCCCUCAAAACCUGCUUCAACAGUUAACUGACGCACACUGGACAGAUCUUACUUGUCUUAUUGAAAAGCUGGAAGAACAAAAAUCUCAUUCAGAGAAAAUGGUCCAAGGUGAUAAGGAAGUUGUUCUCCAGUAUUUUAAGGAGCUUAGUGAUACAUUAGAACAGAAAAAAAAAAUUUUCCUAACAGCUCUUUGUGAUGUCGGCAAUCUGAUUAAUCAAGAAUAUACUCCACAGAUUGAAAGAAUGAAAGAAAUAAGAGAGCAGCAGCUUGAAUUAGUGACACUGACAACAUCUUUACAAGAAGAGUCUCCACUUAAAUUUCUUGAAAAAGUUGACGAUGUCCGUCAACGUGUGCAGAUCUUGAAACAAAGACCACUUCCUAAGGUCCAACCUGUUGAAAUUUAUCCUCGAGUAAGCCAAGUGUUGAAAGAAGAUUGGAGCAGAACAGAAAUUGGACAAAUUAAGAAACUUCUCAUUCCUGAAAUGAAGAUCUCUUCAAAAAGGAUUCCCUGUGCCUGGCCUGAUAAAGAGGAAAAAGUUGAAUUUUUUAAGAUUCUAAACAUUGUUAUAGUUACACUAAUUUCAGUGAUACUGAUGCUGAUCCUCUUUUUUAACCAACCCAUAAUAACCUUUUUAAAUGAAAUCACUUCAAUAUGUUUUUCUGAAGUCUCUCUCUCUGUUUACCAAAGUUUAUCUAAGAAUGUGCACAAUUUAAAGAAUAUACUAUGUCACACUGUGUAUUUACUGAAGGAAUUCAUGUGGAAAAUAAUUUCUCAUUGAACAUUCUAAUCUGGAUUAUUUAAGUAGGCUUAUUCUGUACAGCAGAGGCUAAUGACCGUCGCAAGAGGAAUAUAGGGGCAGUGUGGAUAAAUAGCAAGCUAAAGUUUGUUAGAAUUGCAGCAAAAAUAAUCCCUUUCAUGCUUCUGUUGAAUACAAAACAUGUCAUCAGAAGUUAGAAAUGAGACAGAAUGUCUGGUUUUCUGAAAACCAGAACAAAAUCUAGUGAUUACUUAAGUAUUAAUACAUUAUCCCAUUUUUAUUGGUUUGUAAGGUUGACUUACUGUUAUAACAUUCUCAUACCAGUAGUGUUUUAGCAUCAUAUAUUGCAGUGUGGUUGGCUUUGCAGUUCUUUGUGUAUAGUUUUUAAUUAAAAAUGUCAAAAUUCCAAAAGAUAUAAACUAGACACUUUUGAAUGGGCAAAUAAAGAUGGUGAGAAGAGGUUUUAUAUUUAAGUAGCUAAGUCAAAGUGAUAGGGAAUUGCUUAUGUUAAAGAUACGUUUGAUCAAAUGUACCUGAUCCACACAUAUAGUGUGUUUUAGAUUUAAGUGCCUAUAGUUUCUGUAACAUUCAUUCCCAAUAAAACUGUUGCUUUUGGAAAUCUAGUGUUUUUAGGGACAAAACAGUAACAUUUCCUAGCACUUACUGUCCUAUGAUUCAUGUACAUUUUAGGAUUGUAUUGAUAUUUGACUUUUGUGUAGUUUUUGUCUUAUUAGUCAUAUCAGUUCUUGGGAAAUAUUGAUAUGUCCCACCCUCAUUAUGUUUGGAUGGCAUCAUGUUAACAAUGUCUUUAAAAUUGUCUUAAAUUUCCUAGUUCUCUUACGCUAAUGCAAAGCACCAAUAAUUAAUUUGAUGUUAUUUUCUUGAAUUGUAAGGGGCGUCUGCCUAGCUACCUAAGUCAAAUCCCUUUGAUGUAGUUCCCUUUUUGUUAACAAGGACUGAAUUGUGGUCCUGGUAGGACUAUUGACACUUUUGUCCAUGCAACCCUAAGUACAAGCUCACUUGCCCAAAUUCCAAGUUGGCUGUAGUUUUAGACAGCGUGUUUAGGAGCUGACUGCUCACCGUCCUACAGGUGGCUGUGAUCAGGGCACCAGUUCCAGAAUAUCCUAAGACUUAGACCUUAUCUGCUGAGAACAAGUCUGAACAUUAAAGAUGGCUGGUUAUACUCAGUUCAUGAUCAGAAUAUCAAAAUAGCACAACUAUUGUGUGGCAAAGAACAUUUGGAGGUAGAAGAUGUGUAUACAGCUACACACCAAAUGAAGACUGGAGUUGCACUGACUUGAUCAAAGUUAAGACACAGAAACGCCACAUACUUUUUGCAAUACAUACAAUUAAUCUCACAUUUCUGAAUUAAGUAUUAAUCCUUGCUUUUUUGUGUAUUAGGAAACAGACACAAAAUUGUCCAAAGCCAUUUAUUUAGUAUGAGACCCAUAUAUUUUUUAAAGAGUUCACCUGUUGUGUUACCUUUAAAGAAUUUAAACCAAGAUUUUUACUAGGAUUUCUAACAUGUCUAUGAAUCACAGCUAGAAAUGGAAACAUUUUAGGUUUGACAUUCAUUUUUAAUAACUUGCCAAUUUUUAGUAAAUACUUUUACAUAAAUUUUAUGUAGGCUGCAUGAAUAAUCCAAUAUACAAAAUAACUGACUCUUUUCCAUGCUCUUCUGUUUUGUAUUUUUGAGGAUGGGAUUGUAAAAUUUAAAGUAUAUAAUCUUGAAAUAUUUCUAAGUUUUUAUGUUUAACAAAAGUUUACAUUAUAAUAAACUCAUUUAUUGAGUGGC